AUGACUGACGGCCCUCAGGACACAUUCGAAGAUGCUACCGACACGACACCCACUGCCGCUGCUCAAGACUCAACAGCCCAACCAAUCUCGCAUCAGGGAGACAACACCCACGAUGAAUCUCGCAUAGCCACAGACAAGGUGCACUCGGACGACACAGCGCCCAGCCUUUCCACCUCGAUUGCGCCAGGAGCCUUUGACGCAGACGACAUCGGACACGUGCUCGCCGAAGGUGGUGAUGCUGAGAAAGAGGUUGUAGUAGAGACCACAGCAGACGAAGAACCUCGACCGGCAACCUCAUCGGAACAAGCGACCUCGGAUCAGGCCCAAAGUCGACCCUCGACAGCCAAAUCGCUAAACGAGGAAGCCGCGACGGCCGCAGGAGCCCAGGACAAGCGAAGCAGCAUCGACAUCGUUACCCAACCCACGCCCGACAACGACCAAGACGACAUGCCUCGGACCCAAAAGUCUCGCCAAAACACUCUCGAAUCCGUACCCGAGCUACCUCCUGCCGUGCCCGAGAAAGAAACUCAGAAUGAACCUGUAAAAGGGCUCUCUGGCGACCUCCCAACUCUCAACUACCCUCCUCCACCACCACCACCCAUGCAAAAAUCGCAGACAGUUAUGGCCUCGCCUACAGUGGAGAAGCCGCCGACCACACGGAAAGUCUCGAGUCCAUUUGCUUGGUUCUCACGGGCUCGAAAAGCUACAUCUCCCUCUCGCCCCACGAGUCCGCGACGAAACACAGCUUCAUCUCUGCAGAGCCUAACCACAAACCCUGACUCGACCGACGAUGCUUCUCAUCAACCAACCUUGAAAGACCGGUUUCACAUUCUGCGACUUCAAGGUGAAUCCGCCAUCUCGACCGACGACAGUCUGGCUCUACCUCAGGGUCGCCAUGGUCGCGCCGGCAGUUUGCAAGGUCCCACCAAGGAAGAAGGAGGUCAACUAAGCCCUCCCUUCACACCUCGAGCAAAUUCCUUCUCCGCCAUUUCAUCACCCACUACAAAGCUCCCUCCUGGUACCGUCGCAGGAGAUGCUGCUGGUCCAUCAGUCGAACAGGUCGAGGUCAAUUGGGAUCUCUGGCAGUCUGUUGUUGAAGAAGGCCCAUCCGCCGUCGCACGUACAAGUGGGGACGAACUCAAUCGCGCAAUUGCCAAUGGCAUUCCUCAGCCCAUUCGUGGCGUGGUCUGGCAAGUCAUGGCAGAGAGCAAGAAUGAUGAGCUAGAGCAGGUAUACCGAGAGUUGGUUGCUAGAGGCACCGACAAGGAGGUUACUCAGCCAUCUGCUGUCCGUCGUAUCAGCGGCACUGGUGAGAAAGAGUCAAUCACCUCUUCUGCUUCUUCCGUGCACUCGGAUGUUUCUGCGUCCGUCUCUCCUCAAAUGAACGGCACCGAUGCGUCCACGUCACCUGAGAGAAAACGCAGGUCAAAGGAUGAGACUGCUGCUUUGCAGAAGCUUGAGAAAACCAUCAGACGUGAUCUCGGCGCACGAACAGCCUACUCCAAAUACAUUGCCAGCGCAGGUCUCCAAGACGGCCUGUACGGUAUCUGCAAAGCUUAUGCUCUCUACGAUGAACCGGUGGGUUACGCUCAGGGCAUGAACUUCAUUGCUAUGCCCCUACUCUUCAAUAUGCCGGAAGAGGAAGCCUUCACCUUGUUCGUCCGACUCAUGUCAAGGUACAACCUUCGCUCUCUCUUCACUGCUGAAAUGACCGGUCUGCAUCUACACCUCUACCUGUUUGAGCGCCUGCUAGAAGACUACGAACCGGCACUCUACUGUCACCUACAUCGACGUGGAGUUCCUCCAAACUUAUAUGCCACACAAUGGUUCCUCACACUUUUCGCCUACCGCUUCCCUCUUCAACUCGUCCUUCGCGUCUACGAUCUCGUCCUCAGCGAAGGCCUGGGCGCUAUCCUCAAAUUCGGUAUCGCACUCAUGCAACGGAACGCGCAGACCCUGCUCGAGAUGAAGGAUAUGGUUCAACUAUCCACCCAUCUCAAAGAACGUCUCUUCGACGUUUACAUUGACAAGUCCCCUUCCGCAACCUCAAUCCUCGAAUCUGGUACGUGA